CGUCUCCCAGUGCACGUGCGAACAUGGUGUGGGGGCGGUGUUUCUGGAGGACACAAUAGUGGUCGACAUUGUAUUCACUGUGUAUUUAUUACUGUGUAGUUUAUAAGCGGUUAGUUUUCAUAGGUUAAUUUGUUACACACCGUUUACUAAGGCUUCGUAUUUUUCACAAGAUGAGUUCCGACAAGAACGGCACAAUGGCGGUGGUGGACUUGGAGGUGCUGAAAGCACUGGUGGAGGAGACGCCAGGUGUCAAGAUUGUGACUCCGCAAGUGGGGAUGGGGGUGUCGCGUGAGAGAGUGGGUGGCGAGGCGUGGCAUGGCUCCAUGGCAGUCAUCGCCCACCCCUCCGGCAAGCAGAGGCGGGGCAGCUCCUUCAGGCAGGUUGUGGCAGCACUGUUUGCCAAUCUAGGUACCAUCAACACUGGAAUGAUGUUUGGAUUCUCAGCUGUUACAAUCCCACAGUUGAAGCAACCGGACAGUCUCAUACCAAUUGAUGAAAAUGAAGCUUCUUGGAUUGCCAGCUUAUCAUCGGUGUCUACGCCGUUUGGGUGCCUCCUGAGUGGUUAUCUGCUGGACACGUUUGGCCGCAAGCGUACUAUCAUCAUGUGUUUGAUGCCGAUGAUUGUCGGCUGGUACUUGAUCUGUGCUGCGACUGGGGUAUACAUGAUCUACGCUGGGCGCCUUCUGGUGGGGCUGGGAGCAGGGAUGAUGGGUUCUCCCGCCAGAGUCUAUACGGGAGAAGUGACCCAACCUCAUCUGAGAGGCAUGCUGGCUGCCGUGGCUUCAGUGGGAGUGUCUUUAGGAGUGUCUAUCCAGUACAUAGUCGGCUCUUUCUUUGCUUGGAACUGGCUGGCGUUUGUCAACGGCUGUGUUCCUACUAUUGGCUUCAUUUCUGCAUUCUUCUUGCCCGAGUCACCGACCUAUCUACUCAACAGAGGUCGUAUCGAGUCAGCACGGUCCGCACUUACCAAGCUUAGAGGACGGACUUGCGAUGUGGAAGGAGAGUUGCAGGACCUAAUAAACUUUGCUAACAAGACCAACACUGCAACCAACAAGGAGCCAACGAAGGGUGACACCCUGAGGGCCAUCCUGCAUCCCUCGGCACUCAAGCCCUUCGCCAUCCUGGCACUCUACUUCCUCUUCUACCAGUUCUCGGGAGUCAACCCUGUCACUUUCUAUGCUGUCGAAAUCAUACAGGAAUCUGGAGCCGAGAUGAACAAAUAUGCAGCUACAAUUAUACUAGGAUUGGUGCGUCUUGGCUUCACAGUUGUAUCGUGCAUCAUGAUGCGGAGGUUCGGACGCCGACCUCUCACCUUCAUCUCGAGCGUAGGCUGUGGAGUGUCCAUGUUUGGUUUUGGGUUCUACAUGUACAUGUCAGACCAGUGGACAGCGCAAGGUGUGGAGAAGAUAGCCACCUGGUUCCCAGUGGUCAACCUGUUUGUCUUUAUGGCAGCCUCAACUAUCGGAUACCUGGUUGUGCCCUGGGUCAUGAUCGGGGAACUUUACCCUUCCAAGGUCCGAGGUAUUAUGGGCGGACUGACCACUUUUGUUGGACACUUUUGCGUGUUCAUCGUUGUGAAAACCUUCCCAUUCUUCAAAUCAGUAAGCACGUUUGGAACUUUCCUGAUGUACGGUACUGUGUCCCUUCUGGGUACUAUCUUCUUCUUCCUGUACCUCCCAGAGACGCAGGGUCGCACCCUGCAAGAGAUCGAGGACUAUUUCUGCGGAAGAACCAAGACUCUGGGACCACAGAAGGACACGGUCAACAACAACACUGUAAAACCUCCCAUCGUUAAGGCAAACAAAGACGGGUCCUUGCCUUAAGUCUAAAAACAUUUUUGGAAUGUUACAUUUCAUAAAUGUAACAUUUCAAAGUGCUACCAUGAUGACAAGUUAUUAUUAGUGUAUUAUUUUAGUGUUUGUGUACAAUUUGUGAUAUAUGUAAGGCAUUCUGUGAAUAUUUUUUAUAAUACCAUUGACAGUGCACGCAUGCAAGUAUUUGUUACUGAUUUAAAUGUAGAGAACAUUUUUCAAUCCUAAAGGUACUUGUACUUAAACCAUAAUUAAUUGAUCAAUAUAAAAUUAUUAAUUAAUAUAAUUUAUUGUCUUGUCUGGAUUUUUAAAAAAUGUAGAAUUGUGUUAAAUCUUAAAUUUGUGUACAGUAUUUUAACAAGAAUCGUAUUAACUUUAUUUAUUGAGUUCUCAAUAUUAAAUCUGUCAAGCUAAAAAAUUUUUAGAUUUUAGAAUAAUCGUAGUCAUGAUAUGUAUGAAGAAAAGAGCAUUUAUAUGCAUGAAAUAGAAAAGCAAUAUAAAAAUUAGUUUUAACUAUAUAUAUUUCCGGAACUGAGUUUUAAUGCUUUAAUAUUUUAAAAAUAAUAUUUUACAAUUUGUUUUAGAUAGAAAAAUAUCAAUUUUACAGUGUAAUAUGAGACGAGAGAACUUACAGAAUCAUGGAGUACUAAACAGAUGUGGGCAGUAUUACAUUAAACAAUAUUAUCAAAGUGUAUUUUCAAUUUGUACAUAUUUCCAUUUAAAUAGUAUUAAAAAGACUGAUAUUGUUAUGAUACAAUAAAGAACUGUGUUUAAUUUAGUGUGAUAAUAGUGUUAGCUUUAAUAUUUAAAUAAAAUAUUUUUGUCUUGUAAAGGAAGUAUUUUUAUACAUGUAUUAAUUUGAUAGAGAGGAAGUUCUUUUACAUUGUCAAAAGCUUAACAAUUCCAGUCAGUGUGAUCGUAAGCAUCCCACUAAUCUGGAUCUAACUCUUAAGAACAAUUUAACCAAUUAAUGUGCAGAUUUAAAAAGUAUGUUUUCUUGGAACCAACAUUAUACUCACGUGUAUUUUUUAUUUAUAAUUUUAAGUGUGGUAUAAUUAGUGAAUUACUUAAAUCAUCACCUAAGAAUGUAAAAUCUUUGAUGGUAACAAAUAAAUUGUAAAACAUGCAUUGAUGUAAUAAAAGAUUUCAAGGCAAAUUGA